CAGCCUGGGCCCAAUGAACGACUGCGCGGUGGGCGGAGGCGGGGCGGCGGCGCUUCGCGCGGCCUGCAUCUCCCCUCAGUCCUGGUCAUGGAGGUCCCGGCCAUUCGCUUGCUUCUCCUCCUGCUGUUCUGGGUCUGGGCCCCGGCGCCGAGCAGCGCCUCCCCCGAGGCACCACCACUGGUUAACGAGGACGUGAAACGCACGGUGGAUCUGAGCAGCCACCUCGCCAAGGUGACGGCUGAGGUGGUCCUGGCGCAUCCGGGUGGCGGCUCCACUUCCCGCGCCUCCUCCUUCCUUCUGGCCUUGGAGCCGGAGCUCGAGGCCCGGCUGGCGUACCUCGGCGUGCAGGUGAAGGGAGAAGAUGAGGAAGAGAACAAUCUGGAAGUACAAGAAACCAAGAUUAAGGGUAAAAGUGGGAAAUUCUUCAUAGUGAAGCUCCCAGUUGCUCUUGAUCCUGGGACCAAGAUUUCAGUCAUUGUGGAAACAGUCUAUACUCAUGUGCUUCAGCCAUAUCCAACCCAAAUCACCCAAUCAGAGAAACAAUUUGUGGUGUUUGAGGGCAACCACUAUUUCUACUCUCCCUAUCCGACAAAGACACAAAUGAUGCGUGUGAAGCUUGCCUCUCGAAAUGUGGAGAGCUACACCAAGUUGGGGAACCCCACGCGGUCUGAGGACCUCCUGGAUUAUGGACCUUUCAGAGACAUCCCUGCCUAUAGUCAGGAUACCUUUAAAGUUCAUUAUGAGAACAACAGCCCUUUCCUGACUAUCACCAGCAUGACCCGAGUCAUCGAGGUCUCUCAUUGGGGUAAUAUUGCUGUGGAAGAAAAUGUGGACUUGAAGCACACAGGGGCCGUGCUUAAGGGUCCUUUUUCACGCUAUGAUUACCAGAGACAGCCAGAUAGUGGUAUUUCUUCUAUCCGUUCUUUUAAGACCAUCCUCCCUGCUGCUGCCCAGGAUGUUUAUUACCGGGAUGAGAUUGGCAAUGUGUCCACCAGCCACCUUCUUAUUUUGGAUGACUCCGUAGAGAUGGAAAUCCGACCUCGCUUCCCACUUUUUGGAGGGUGGAAGACCCAUUACAUCGUUGGCUACAAUCUCCCAAGCUAUGAGUACCUCUAUAAUUUGGGUGAUCAGUAUGCACUGAAGAUGAGGUUUGUGGACCACGUGUUUGAUGAGCAAGUGAUAGAUUCUCUGACUGUGAAGAUCAUCUUGCCCGAAGGGGCCAAGAACAUCCAAGUUGACAGUCCCUAUGAAAUCAGCCGUGCCCCAGAUGAACUACACUACACCUACCUGGACACAUUUGGCCGCCCUGUGAUUGUUGCCUAUAAGAAAAAUCUGGUAGAACAGCACAUUCAGGACAUUGUGGUGCACUACACGUUCAACAAAGUGCUCAUGCUGCAAGAGCCCCUGCUGGUGGUGGCUGCUUUCUACAUCUUGUUCUUCACGGUCAUCAUCUAUGUCAGGCUGGAUUUUUCCAUCACAAAGCUGGUGGCGGAUGCUGUUUGGGAAGUGAAAGUCGGAGUGGGCUCCUGCCUGGUUUCAUCACAUACGGUGUCUCUCCUCCAGGAUCCAGCCGCAGAAGCCAAGAUGAAGGUGGCCUGCAUCACAGAGCAGGUCUUGACCCUGGUCAAUAAGAGAAUAGGUCUCUACCGUCUCUUUGACGAGACUGUCAAUAGGUACAAGCAGUCCCGGGAUGUGUCCACCCUCAAUAGCGGCAAGAAGAGCUUAGAGACGGAACAUAAGGCCUUGACCAGUGAAAUUGCACUGCUGCAGUCCAGGCUAAAGACAGAGGGCUCUGACCUGUGCGACAAAGUGAGCGAAAUGCAGAAACUGGAUGCACAGGUCAAGGAGCUGGUGCUAAAGUCGGCGGUGGAAGCUGAGCGGCUGGUGGCUGGCAAACUCAAGAAAGACACGUACAUCGAGAAUGAGAAGCUCAUCUCAGGCAAGCGUCAGGAGCUGGUCACCAAGAUUGAUCACAUCCUGGAUGCUCUGUAGCCCCGGUCUUUGUUCUCAGGGUGGGCCCAGAGUGCUUCACUUACGGAUGGCAGGUGUGGGGGGUGGGGGGCUGAACAGCGAGGCCAGUGAAUGCUGGCAUCUGUAUUUUGCAAAAGGCCUUCAAGGAAGAGAAACCAGGCCCUGCCUCGGACACCUCAAAAAGCUUAGUUUUUGUCCCUAAAGUGUUCCUUUAAACAAACAAACAAAAAAACACCAAAAACUUCCAUUAAAAAUAAAAUAUCUUUGUGUUUUGAACAACUAAAUUUUUAAUAUUUGAUUGGUUUUGUUCUGAAGCCUAGGACACUCUUUUAAGCCUGUAAGCCCUUUGUUUUAUGCCCUUCUAGUUACUGAUGUUUGGAUAUUGCAAGUGUGCAUGUUUUUAAAGUGUUUGUGACCAAAUGAAAAUAAAGCAGGGACUGUGAACAUUUGUUCUGUUGAAAA